CCCCCCCCCCCCCCCCCCCCCUCUCUCUUCAUCUUCACACAUUCAAACCCAAUUUCAUGAAAGAUCCCAAAACCCUAACCCUAACCCCACCCCCAUCCUUCACCCUCUUCCCAUCCCUCAAUCUCCCACAAAAACCCAUCACAUUAGUCGGUCCGUUCUCUUGUUUCCACCAAUUCUCCACCCUCAUCAUCACCUUCAUCGCCUACGCCGCCUUCCACGCCUCCCGUAAACCCCCCAGCAUCGUCAAAUCCAUUCUUGGACCCGACCCAGACCCAGAUCCAUCAAACCCACAACCCGGAUGGCCCCCUUUCAACUCUGCCAGUGGCACCCACCGCCUCGGCGAGCUCGAUCUCGCAUUCUUAUCCGCUUACGCCAUCGGUAUGUACUUUUCCGGACACGUUGGCGAUCGGAUUGAUCUUAGGCUCUUUUUAACUGUUGGCAUGAUUGGUAGUGGUGUCUUUACUGUUAUGUUUGGGUUGGGGUAUUGGUUUGAUGUGCAUUUGUUCGGGUAUUUUGUCGUUGUGCAGAUUUGUUGUGGCGUGUUUCAGUCGGUCGGGUGGCCGUGUGUGGUCGCUGUGAUGGGGAAUUGGUUCGGGAAAGCGAAACGAGGGUUGAUAAUGGGUGUGUGGAAUUCGCAUACUUCUGUCGGGAAUAUCGUUGGGUCGGUUGUUGCUUCGUCGGUUUUGGGUUUCGGGUGGGGUUGGGCGUUUUUGUUGCCCGGGGUUCUUAUUGUUGUUAUGUCGGUUAUUGUUUUCUUGUUUCUUGUUGUGAAUCCGGAGACUAUCGGGCUUGAGUUGCCUCAUGAUGAUGAUGAAGAAGAAGAGGGCGUAAUGGGAACGAGUACCGAGGGGACGGCUUUGGUUGAGUUGCGGAAAGUAGAAUCCGAAGAGGGUGACGGUGAAGGAGGGUCUGAAUCUGUGUCAUCCGCGAUCGGGUUUUUAGAGGCGUGGAAGUUGCCCGGUGUUGCUCCGUUUGCGUUUUGCCUGUUCUUUUCGAAGCUCGUUGCGUACACUUUCUUGUAUUGGUUACCCUUUUACAUAAGGCACACAGCUGUGGCGGGAGUGCAUCUAUCUCAUAAAACUGCCGGAAUACUUUCGACAAUAUUCGAUAUCGGAGGUGUUGUUGGUGGGAUUUUAGCGGGAUACAUAUCCGAUCUAAUCGACGCUCGUGCAGUCACCUCAAUCGUAUUUUUAAUACUAUCAAUUCCCGCUCUUGUUGUUUACCGCUUAUACGGAAGCAUUUCGAUGUUCAGCAACGUUUUCCUAAUGUUCCUUUCUGGGUUACUUGUAAACGGGCCAUACGCGCUUAUUACAACGGCUGUUGCAGCCGAUCUCGGUACACAAAGCUCGAUUAAGGGUAAUUCUCGAGCGUUAGCUACCGUGAGUGCGAUCAUAGAUGGUACUGGUUCGGUUGGUGCAGCGCUGGGCCCGCUUUUGGCCGGAUAUAUAUCUACACGAGGAUGGAAUAGUGUGUUCUUUAUGCUGAUAUUAUCGUUAUCCGUUGCUGGUUUGUUGUUGGUUCGAGUUGUUAGAAACGAAAUUAAAGAGAAAGUAAACGAGGGAAAAUGGCUAUGGUUUAGUGGUAUCGUACAUUGAUGUCGGAUUUUGGAAGCCGUUUUUGGAGAAGUUAAGGAUGUUCUGAUUCUGGAUAUGAAACAGCUGCUGUUAUAGGUAUUAGUUUUUUUUUUUUUUUUUUUUUUGUCUCAAGUAGUUUCACACACAUUAUAUAGAGAUUGAGUGAACAUUAUUUUUGUGUAUUCUUUAUUCAUAUGUAAUUGUAUUAUGUAAAAGGAUACAGUUGAAGAUAUACACUUUAUAUUGUCUACUA